AUUUAUUGAGUAGAAAUGUGUGCUCUUUGGCGUAAUCUUGAGGCGGAAGUAGAAAUAUGGCGCCUUGACUGUCUUCUCUUACGUCCGUGACACAAACUUAAAGCCAGACGUUCUGCCUUCUUCGGUCAGUAUCGUGAUACAACUAAAGCACAAUGAGUGGACGCGGAAAGGGGGGUAAAGGACUCGGGAAAGGAGGCGCCAAGCGUCACCGUAAAGUUCUCCGUGAUAACAUCCAGGGAAUCACUAAGCCCGCUAUCCGCCGCCUGGCUCGCCGCGGUGGAGUCAAGCGUAUCUCCGGUCUCAUCUACGAGGAGACCCGCGGUGUGCUCAAGGUUUUCCUGGAGAACGUUAUCCGUGAUGCCGUCACCUACACCGAGCACGCCAAGAGGAAGACCGUGACCGCCAUGGAUGUGGUGUACGCUCUCAAGAGGCAGGGCCGCACUCUGUACGGCUUCGGCGGUUAAAUCUACCAGCUUCUUGUUACAAACCAACGGCUCUUUUAAGAGCCACCCACACUUCUUAAAGAGAUGUUCCUGAAUUUUAAUAUUUAUUCGCUGCUUCUAAAGACUUGUAUUGUGGUAUAUAUGACUGAAUUUUAUUUUUAACACUAAGCACUAUUGAUUGUUGGAGCUAGCAUUAUGUACUGAUGAAUUUGACUAACCUCAUAUUGUGUCUGGAAAUUGUGAUUACUACAUAGUACUAAAACAUUUAUAAUGUAUAAAUCGGGGGACUGUUAGA